AUGUCUGAACCAAGCAAGAUUUUCGUUAGACCAUUAGGUUACGAAGCCGAACAAGAACAAGUUGAAGCCCAUUUCCGUGAAAUUGGACCUCUUGUUGAAGUCCAAAUGAUGAGAGGAUUUGCCUUUGUCACUUACGAAAACCCAGAAGACGCCAAGAAGGCUGUUGAAACUUUGGAAAACACCGAUUUCCAAGGUCAACAAUUGCAGGUUGAAUUUGCACGUGAAAAGAAGGAAGACACCCGUGGUUUAUACAGAGUUAAGAUCAACAACAUUCCAGAAGGUACCGCAUGGCAAGACUUUAAGGAUUUCGUCAGAGACAAGACUGAAUUCGCCCCAACUUUUGCCAAGGUCUACAAGGAUUACGAUUCUGGUGAAACCAUUGGUAACUUAGAAUUCUCCUCUGCUGAUGAAUUAACCACUGCUGUUUCCUUAUUAAACGAAGCCGAAUUCCAAGGUGCUACUUUAGCUGCUGAAGAAGAUACUUCUCCAUUCGUCCCACCUCCUCCAAGAAGAGGUGGAUUCGGUGGCCGUGGUGGUUUCAGAGGUGGUAGAGGUGACUUCGGUGGCCGUGGUGGUUUCAGAGGUGGUAGAGGUGACUUCGGUGGCCGUGGUGGCUUCAGAGGUGGUAGAGGUGACUUCGGUGGUCGUGGUGGCUUCAGAGGUGGCAGAGGUGACUUCGGUGGCCGUGGUGGCUUCAGAGGUGGAAGAGGUGGAUUCAGAGAUGGUGACAACUUCAGAGGCGGUAGAGGUGGAUUCAGAGGUGGUAGAGGUGACUAUGACCGUGAAGACAGAGGUGACAGAGGUGGAUUCGAAAGAGAUUCAUACAGCCGUGACAGAUCUCCAUCAAGAUACUAA